AGGUAAAACAGUAUUUAUUUACAUUAACCUCAAUUUACUCGGUUUAUCUUGUAAAAACGUGCUGUAUGUUUAUCCUAUAACAAAAAUAUUAUUUUAUUUUAAAGAUAAAUAUGGGGAAAAAAGAUAAAAAUAAGAAAAAGUUAAGUGGCACGGCAAAAACGGCAAUUAAAACGGAAAAAAAAUUAAAUGCUAAACAGAAGAAAGAAUUAGCAGCUCUUGGAGAGGAGGAUAUAGAAAAAGUUAUUGCCGAUAUUGAACGGGAAGAAGCUCGUAGACAACGUGUUGUAGAAGUUGUAGUUGAACCACCAUCUCGUAGGGUUAAUUUUUCUUUGAUAGCUCAUCCUUUUAAAGAUGAACUUAUUAUGUUUGGUGGAGAAUUCCAUGAUGGUCAAAAAACCACUGUAUAUGGUGACAUGUUUACUUAUAAUUUAAAUAAAAAAGAAUGGACAGUGAUAAAAGCACCAGGUGCUCCACCACCUCGAUGCGGUCAUCAAGCAAUAGUUACUUCUACAAAUAAAGGGGAAAUGUGGAUCUUUGGUGGGGAAUUUUCUAGUCCAUCAGAAUUACAAUUCUAUCAUUACAAAGAUUUGUGGGUUUAUAGAAUGGGAGAGAAAAAAUGGGAAAAAAUAACAUCUCCUGGAGGUCCCUCAGCCAGAAGUGGUCAUAGAAUGAUUCACAUGAAAAAGAAAUUAAUAGUAUUUGGAGGUUUUUAUGAUAAUCUUAGAGAUUGUAAAUAUUAUAAUGAUAUUUACAUGUUUAAUUUGGAAACAUAUACAUGGCAUAAAAUUGAAUGUGCUGGAAAUCCGCCAGCACCACGUUCUGGAUGUAUAAUGUUACCUACGUCUGAAAAACUACUUGUUUAUGGUGGCUAUAGUAAAGAAAAAGUUAAAGCAGGAGUUGAUAAGGGACAAAUUCAUACAGACAUGUUCUUGUUAUCUCCAGAUAAGAAUGAUCAGACCGGUCUUAAAUGGAAAUGGAUAUUAACGAAACAGGCGGGUCUCAAAUGUUCUCCUCGCUGUGGUAUGACUGGUAUUUUAAUACAACCACAUAUAGCAUAUGCAUUUGGUGGAGUUUUUGAUAAUAUAGAUGAUGAAGAGGAAUUACAGGGAACAUUCUAUAAUGAUUUGUUAUCAUUAGACUUAGAAAAAUUCCAAUGGCAUGAAGUUACAUUGACUGGUAAAAGAGAACCACCAGGGCAACGUAAAAAAGAAAAGACACAAAAGGAAAACCAUGUAGAUGAAUGUAAUUUACAUGGAGAUAACGAAAAUAAUGAUAUUUGUGAUAAUUCAUUAACAGAUACAACUAAUUCUAAUAAACUCGUACAAACUCCCGUUACUUAUAUCGACGAAAAUGAAAUAUUUACAUUAACAGUUAGUUCAAGUGGUCCAUGUAACACACAGACAAAUAGUAUGGAAAAAAUGGAAAAUAUAUUCUUUCCUUCACCAAGAAUAAAUCCUGGACUUGUUGUAAAAAAUAAUAUUUUGUAUUUGUAUGGUGGUAUGCUGGAAGUUGGCGAUAAACAAUAUACUUUCAAUGACUUUUAUAGUUUAGAUUGUCGUAAAAUGGAUGAAUGGAAAACAAUAAUACAUGAUGAUUUAUCUUCACAAGAAUGGCAUAACACAAGUAGUUCUGAUUCAGAAGAAGAAGACGAAGACGAUGAUGACACGAGUAAUAAUUCCUCUAGUAAUGAGCAAUAAUUUAUUUUAUCAUACAAACAUUAUUUAUUAAAUUAUUAUAAUUAAUUCAUUUUACUGGUUUAAUACAUUUUUUGAAAUAUAAAUAAUUUAAUUGUUUACGAAUA